AUGGCGCGGCCCGUUGUCAAACUACUACUACUACUACUACUACUACUACUAAUUCCAUUUCUACUACCAUUUCAUACCGUGCGACAUGGCUUCCCCUACCAGCCCACCGCCAUCGCUUUCGACCCCAUACAGAGGAUCCUGGCCGUCGGCACCAAGCAGGGCUCCAUAAGAAUCAUCGGUCGGCCCGGGGUGGACGUCCAUGUGAAGCACGAGGGCGACCCGGCGGUGGUGUGCCUGGCCUUCCUGAUCAACGAGGGCGGCCUGGUCAGCGCCACAGGGGAUGAUUCUUUGCACCUGUGGAAUAUACAGCAGAAGACACCGCAGAUUGUACACUCACUCAAGUUCCAGAGGGAGAGGAUCACCACGCUCCACCUGCCCUUCCAAAGUCGCUGGCUGUACCUUGGGACGGAGCGCGGCAACAUCCACAUUGUCAACAUUGAGAGCUUCACCCUCAGCGGCUACACCAUCAACUGGAACAAGGCUAUUGAGCUGUCUCGCAAGACCCAUCCUGGUGCUGUGGUCCAUCUAAGUGACUGCCCUGUGGAACCUGGGAAGCUCCUGAUUGGCUACGAGAGCGGUCAGCUUGUCUUGUGGGACUUCAAAGGGCGCACCGCUGAGGUUCGCUACCAUUCUGCCGAACCACUGAGGUCCCGCAAGAUCCAUCCUGGUGCUGUGGUCCAUCUAAGUGACUGCCCUGUGGAACCUGGGAAGCUCCUGAUUGGCUACGAGAGCGGUCAGCUUGUCUUGUGGGACUUCAAAGGGCGCACCGCUGAAGUUCGCUACCAUUCUGCCGAACCACUGAGGUCAGUCUCUUGGCACCACGAGGGGAAGCAGUUCAUGUGCUGCCACACGGAUGGUUCCCUCACCACCUGGACACUGAAGCAGAAUUCCAAUAGGCCUACAUCACAUGUCUUCCCUCAUGAGUGUUAGGAGUGUUGUCCGUGGCCAGGUCCAGGCACGAUGCUUCCACGUCUCCCCGCUGAUCUCUACGGCCCAGAAGGUGGCCAUGUCCCACCUGGACCCUGGCUCGGAGAUGCCCUACCCCAAGCUGCAGGCCAACUUAGAUAUCGUCCAACAAAGGUUCAGAGUGAGGGCAGUUCUUACCUCAAUGACCUCUCUCAGGUGUCUGCUACGGUGGUGAACCUCCUGCUCCAAACCCAGGAGCAGAGUGAGUCGGAGCUCCAGGACGCACAUGACCAGAUCUCAGACGCACACAGGCAGAUCAGCGCGUACAUGGCACAGCUGGAGGACGCACACAGGGAGCUGGAGGUGUACAAGGACCAGCUGCAGCGAGCGUCUUCCCAGAUCGAGGAGAUGAGGGAGAGAGGGAGGGAGGAGGAGGAGGAGGAGGAGGAGGAGGAGGAGAGGCGGAGGAAGGAGGCAACACUGAAGGAGGAGCAACUAGAAGGCAAAAUUAGAGCAAGAAUCGAGGAAGAGAGAUAGAGAGAAUCAAAGCAAGCUACGUCGAGCGAGAGAGGAGUGCUGUGGAGCAGGUGGAGCGAGCCGUUAGAGAGAGGUCAGCCUGAUAAAGAGGUAGAAAUUUUGGCCAAGGAGGUCCAGAAGUUGAUGCAGGAUUCUGAAGCGCCCGCCGAGGAUGACAAUUCCCGUGUUCUAAGGAGCGGGUCAACUCAUGACAGAGCUCCUCCUCCUCCUCCUCCUCCUCCUCCUUCUCUCCCGCAUGAUAACAAAGCUCCGGAAAACUUCGAAAGGAAGAACCAAAGGAAGGAAGGAAGACCAUCUCAGAAGACCCCAGAGUCAGCCCCUACAGUCCAUCAUAGUCCAAGAAAUAGCUGAAGGAAGUCCCAAGUCCAAGCGACCUUCCUUUCUUUCUGAUUCAAGUCGUCUGUACCUUCAGCGAGGGGGCAAGGCGACCAUGGACCUCUCCCUUCCCUUCCUUUUCUUUCCCUUCCCUUCCUUCCUUCCUUCCUUCCUUUCCUUUCCCUUCCCUUUCCUUCCUCUCCCUCCCUUCCUUCCCUUCCCUUCCCUUCCUGUCCCUUCCCUUCCCUUCCUGUCCCUUCCCCUCCCUGUCAUCAGCCACACAGUGUCUGCCAUCCAUGUCUUGCAGCAGGCCAGCCAUUCUGACUUGCUCUUCCUUCCAAGCAAGCAGUCACUCUCUCCUCAGCACAUGACCCAGAAGCUUCACUUGUCCUAUGCUUUUCAUCAAGUGCCUGGCUGUCUGCUGCUGCUCUUUGUCAUAGAGUUAAGUUGUCAUUAUCUUAGUUAGUUAGUUAGUUAGAGGUCCAGAUAAUUGUUGUAUGGGCAAGACUCCUGUCCCUCCCUCCCUUCCUCUCCACCUGUCCCCCAAGUUCCCAGUCUGUGGAGGUCCAGAUAAUUGUUGUAUGGGCAAGACUCCUGUCCCUCCCUCUCCUUCCCUCCCUUCCUCUCCACCUGUCCCCCAAGUUCCCAGUCUGUGGAGGUCCAGAUAAUUGUUGUAUGGGCAAGACUCCUGUCCCUCCCUCUCCUUCCUCUCCCUCUCCCCCAAGUUCCCAGUCUGUGGAGGUCCAGAUAAUUGUUGUAUGGGCAAGACUCCUGUCCCUCCCUCUCCUUCCCUCCCUUCCUCUCCCUCUCCCCCAAGUUCCCAGUCUGCAGAGGUCCAGAUAAAUGUUGUAAGGGCAAGACUCCUGUCCCUCCCUCUCCCUUCCUUUCCAGUCUUUCUCUCUUGUUCCAUUAUUUAUUUUCUCUCCCUCCCUCUUUCUUUGCUCUCUCCCUUCUUUCAUCUCCUCUCCCUUCAGCCGCAUUAUCGUCUUCCUUCUAAUCCAUAGCAUUUUCUCUCUCCCUUUUACAUCUGCUUUAUUUCCUUCUCUCUCUCUCUCUCUCUCUCUCUCUCUCUCUCUCUCUCUCUCUCUCUCUCUCUCUCUCUCUCUCUUCAAA